AACCAGAUCCCAGACAGCGCUGAAGGGUGAGAGCACAGUGCUCCAGUGUAUAGCCAAGGGAGAGAAACCUAUUGGGAUUUUAUGGAACAUGAACAACAAACGAUUGGAUGGAAACACAGACCCAAGGUAUACUAUAAAAGAAGAAAUCAGAAAUGACGGUGUUCUAUCCACAAUCAGUGUUCGGCGAACCGAGAGAUCUGAUACUGCAACCUUCACCUGUGUUGCUACCAACGCCUUCGGUAGUGAUGAUACCAUCAUCAACCUGAUUAUCCAGGAGGUUCCUGAAACCCCAAGUGAGCUCAAGGUUCUAGAUAAAUCAGGACGGAAUGUAAAGCUCUCCUGGAAGGCACCAUACAAUGGGAAUUCUAACCUUACAAGAUACCUCAUUGAGUAUAAACCUAUCAAAGGAACCUGGCAGAAUGAUAUAGAUCGUGUACUGGUGGGAGGAGAAGAAACUAUUGCCGGAGUAUUUAGUCUCCGACCUGCAACCUCCUACCAUUUCAGGAUAGUUGCUCAGAAUUCAAUCGGAUCCUCCGGACCUUCGGAUACCAUAACUAUAGAAACCGACCAGGAAGCUCCCAGUGGACCUCCUGUUGAUAUUCGUCUAUCCUCUGCUGAUCAACACACGCUGUCGGUUAGAUGGAAGCCUCCUCUCAAGGAACUAUGGAACGGAGAUAUUCGGGGAUAUUAUGUUGGAUACAAGAAGGUAACUGCUGUUCAGGAUCCCUAUUUGUUCGAAACUAUCGAAUUCAUAAAAGAACGCGGAAACGAGCAUUCUUUACAAAUCUCCAACCUGGAAGUCUUCACCCAGUACUCUAUAGUUGUACAGGCUUUUAACAAUAUUGGAAAUGGACCUUUGUCAGAGGAAGUUACUGAAUUUACAGCUGAGGGUGCUCCUUCUCAGCCUCCAGGUGAGGUUAUCCUCACCCCCCUGGCCUCUUCUACUGUCCUUGUUGAAUGGUCUGCACCUCCCAAGAACACUGCUAACGGUAACAUCAAGGGUUACAAGGUGAUCUAUGGUCCCAGUAAGACCUGGUAUGACCCAUCUACACAUGACAGCAAGAUAGUUCCUGAUCUCAAGGUAGAGAUCCAUGGUCUCAAGAAGUUUACAAACUACAGUAUGCAAGUCUUGGCUUUUACCAAUGGUGGAGACGGAGUUCGUAGUCCCGAAGCUUCUGUUACUACGAAAGAAGAUAUCCCGGGAGCUCCACAGUCUGUUAAAGGUUUAGCCAUGACAGAAAGUUCUAUUCUGAUCAGCUGGCAGCAUCCUGAAGAACCAAACGGCAAGAUCCUGGAGUAUACUGUGUAUAUUCGUGAUACAGACAGGAACAGAGAUAUUGCUCCUAAAAGCUACAAGGUUAAUGUUGUACAAAUGAGCUACCACGUGGACAAUCUCAAUCAGAAGACUAGAUAUGAAUUCUGGGUGACUGCCCAUACAUCAAUUGGAGAAGGUGCUCCCUCAGCAAAGGCUACUAUUCAACCCACUUCAAGGAUUCCAGCAAAAAUCGCAUCAUUCGAUGAAAUCUUCACCGUUCCUGCUAACAGAGAUAUCAAGAUGCCUUGUAUUGCUGUUGGAAGCCCUGCUCCUGAAACUGUCUGGAAAGUGAAUGAGGAGGAUUUUGUGAAGACUGAUAAAAUGCGACUCCUCCCUGACGGAAGCCUCCACAUCACCAACGUGAGCAAGGAUGACGCUGGAUCCUACAAGUGUAUUGUCAACAAUAAGUUUGGCCAGGAUAUGGUGACACACACCCUUGUUGUCAACGGACCCCCUGAACCUCCCAUGGUGAUCCUCACCGCCCAGACAACGGACACCAUCACCUUCAAGCUCAAGUACGAGGAUACUGAUGAUGCUACUCCUGUACAUGGGUUCAAGGUCAACUAUAAACCUGAGUUCGGAGACUGGGAGCAGAAGGAGAUUGGUUUUGGAACGGAUGAAUUUACUCUUCAGAAUCUCUGGUGCGGACAAAGAUACCAACUUCAAGUCUCAGCGUACAACACAAUUGGAAUUGGUAAACCAUCAGCUAUUGUGAAUACAAGGACCAAGGGUGUUGAACCAACAGUACCAGAUGCAAGAAGGUUCCUGGAGGUAUCCGCAGGCAGUGUAACUCUUCACCUGAACGCCUGGCAGGACGGAGGUUGCUCCAUGCUCUACUUCAUGGUGGAGUACAAACCUAGAUCUCACAAGGACUGGACCCUUGUAUCCAACAAUGUGAAGCCUGGUGGAAACUUUGUAGUUUUAGAUCUAAACCAUGCUACAUGGUAUAAUCUCAAGGUUACUGCUCACAAUAACGCUGGAUUCUCUACUGCUGAAUAUGAAUUUGCCACCCUAACUUCUACUGGAGGCACAGUAUCUCCUCCCUACGGAACAGGACCUAACUCUGAGGCAAAGUCUGGGUUUCCUGGAAUCCCUGAUUGGUUGGAUCUAAACAUGAUCGUCCCCGUCAGCGCCACCGUUAUCGUGGUGUGCGUGGGGAUCCUUGUUGUAUGCGUGGCAAUGUCACGAAGGAAGGCCCCGCCCCUCAUGAAUCCAGAGGAGUAUGCCCAGUUCUACGGCGCUAUGAACACGAUGAACGGUAGAAUGGUAACUAUGAGAAAGGAUGGAUUACCCUACGAGGAUAUGGGAUAUGUUCCCCCUCCGAACAGGAAACUCCCCCCUGUCCCUGGAAUGAACUCGAACUACAAUACUAUUGAUAGAAUCAAGAAAGCUGGAGGAUCUAUACCAGGACAGGAUGAAGAUAUAUCUCCGUAUGCAACCUUCCAUCUCCUUGGGAUGAGAGAGGAAGCUAAGAACGGAAACGGACAUAUGAACGGUGGAAACGGAUUCCAAACGAUGCCUCCAACCCCUGGAAGUGGUCCAAUGACUCCCCAACAUCACAGGCAACAACAACAACAGCAACAGGCGCAAACCAUGCAUGCCCGGCGUAGUAUGCCUAUCCAGCAAGGUGGAGGAAUGCAGCUUUAUGACGCCCCUAACUGCGACUAUGAGCCCCCUAAGAACUUCCAGCAGAACUUUGGCAACCCCUACGAUUGUCCUGAAGGUUUCUACAACGGUUCCCUCAUGUCCUCAGUCGGAUACAGUCAGGUUGCUGAUUACUCUGGAGUGCCCGGGCAGAUGAUGACCCAGAGUAUGCAUGGUCAGAUGCCUCCUCAGCCACACGCUGAGUACAGCACUGAUACUGUUAUCUACAAGGGGGGUCCCCCGCCACCCGCCAACAUGAGAGGACCUCUGCCAGCCGCCGACGAUGAAUUCCCACCGCCGCCUCCCCUGCGAAGCGCUGAUACAAGCUUGAACGACUCGAACUCGACAACCCAGAGCAACUUGACCAGCGAGUGCAGCGAGGCGGAGUGCGACAGGGAGCCGCUAGUCAGGGAAUCAAAAGGUAUGGAUCCCAGCAAGGAGCUGACUACGGAGGAAAUGAGGAAACUGAUUGAACGAAACGAAAUCGUUCAAACUAACGGUCUCAAGCCAUACAACACCGUUAACGUUUAAAUACGUUGCCCGAUAUUACUGAUCAUAAAGGAUAACACACAUGUUAUCACCAGCGCAUUAAUAAACCGAAUAAUGGGAA